AUGGGUCGCAAGGAAUUCAUUCAAGAUGUCAAGACACUUAAAGAACAUUUUCGUGGCCUAAGCUCUAAAAGUGCCGCUUUGGUGAAAGACUUUGAUUUUCAGGAUCCGGAAUUAAGCUUUAAGUUCACAUAUAAGACUGGGAAAUCGUUCACUGUACAGAUCUUUGUUAAUGAUUCGUCUUUACAGUCUUAUCCAUCUUCGUUCAGUGCAUUUAUAUGCGUGGACAAUGCAAACGAUGAUGAUUCUAAUAAUGCUGCAAAAUGCUUAUCUAACGUUUGCAUCGAUAAAAAAUCGGUGAGCGAAGUUGUGGCAACGAUCGUACCUAAACUAUGCGAACAUUUUAAGAUUUCUCUUCCCAAAGAACUCACUAUGAAUUCUCUAAGUAAAUUUGCUCGUUCUGCUGGAGGUUCUUCAGCUCCAAAGCCUACUCCAUCGACUGUUCAGACACCAAUUAUGAUGCUAAAUCGAGAUUUAGCUGAGUUGAAACAUUUUAAGUAUCAUGCUGAACUGCUUUGCGCAGAUCAAAUCGGCUUCAAAGUAGCAGUUUCAACGCCGGUAACUCGGCUUGGGCUAAGCUCAGAAGCUUGUGAUGCGUGGAAUUUAGAUCCUGAUCGGUUUUUGGUGUGCAUUAUGCAAUUCUCACCAAAUUAUAUAGACCUACAAAGUGUGAUAGCUGACGCUUUCCAAAAAAAAGCAUACCUUAUUAAAGAAGGUGGUUAUAAAGCCAUAAAAGAAUCGUUGAAAAAACAAUUUCCUAUCCAAUUCACCGUACUGACGUCGACAUUACCAAGAGGAAUGCCAAGUCAAUCUCAUCACAAAGAUGAUACUUUGGAGAGCGAUCAUUUUGUACUUUCUUGGACCUUAACUAGACUUUUAAGUGACAAGUUCUUUGAUAUGUUAUGCGAUCGAAUGUGGUUUGGAUGUGGUUGGUCUGGUGUCGAAUGGGCAGAUCUUAAACGCAAUAAAGAAUUGGUUCAUGAUUUUCUCAACAAUGGUGAACUUAUUUCUGAACAAAUUGAUGAAUGUUUAGCUAAAGAUGAAGAACAGCAUGGUGUUUUGGCCUAUCUUGAAGGUGAAGAAAUUGAAAGGGCUACCGCGUCUAAAAAUCAAAAUUUCCUUUUAUUGGUCUUACGGUUUCUUCGUCGUCGAAUUCUUCUUUCGACAAAAUAUUGUUUGACAUGUCACUUUCCUCAUAUGGAGUCUGUGUCAUCUAUUAGACCUUUUGUUUGUGGAACCGCGUUAUGUCAGCAUCAAGCACUUGUAGGCCUUGGUAAUCUUUUUGAAGCGGUUUUGGUGAAUAGCCCAGUUGUUGUAGAUUUGUUAAUAUCUUUAUGUUACGUCGCAAUAAGUAGCCAUAAUCUAAGCCCAUUUCCAUCCAGAGCUAUAGGUGUUACCACUGUCACAAAGUACGAAAUUCAAAAUUCAUUGGUUGUUGAUUGGGAUAAUAAUCAAGGUACGGUUGGUACACCUAUUGAUGCUGGAUACGCGGUUUAUGGAUGGAAAGGGUUCGAUGAUCAAGUAUUGGUAAAUGAUAAUUUGGAGGUCUAUCAUCCAGAGACAGGUCAACCCUUUACCGUUAAUCGAUGCAGUCAUACUUCCACUGUACGUGUGAUAGAAGUUACAUCAACAUACUUAGUUACCGAUUUUCCAAUAAUUGUACCGAUCUCAGCUGUUUCCAACCGACAUGUUUAUUUGCCUUUCCGAGUUUAUCGUCGAAGUGAAAAAAAUUUUCUAAACGCGGAUGGUCAACCUAAUUACACCCUUUUACAGAGCGUCAUCGAUAAGUUGCCACAAGUGAAUGAAAUGGUGAAAUAUGCAAAAAAAAAGACUUUGAAACAAGAACUUGACAAAUUGGACACUUUAGGUUUCCCACUUUUAUCAUGGAUAAUUUCUUCCAAUCGUACACAUUUGCGUCUAUUAGAAUCUGAUGAAGAAAAAGUUCAGUUCAACGAAACAACUUCAGCAUAUGGAAAUUGGAAACAAUUCAUUAUGAUAAUGAGUUCCCCUGAAAAAGAAGAAACUUUUCAAAUUGAAAAGGAGAAAUUGAGGAAAGAAAGACGGGGACAAACUUUGGGUGAAUUAUAUGCUUUUCACGGUUCUCCACUUCAUAAUUGGCAUUCAAUUAUUCGAACAUCACUUAAUUGGAAAAAGGUUGUACACGGAAGAGCAUUUGGGGAUGGAGUUUAUCAUUCCCUUCAAGCUGCAACCUCAGCAUCAUAUGCUGGCGCUUCAUAUCACCGAUAUGAAACAGGAGUAUGGAAAAAUUCGAUGCUAGUUGUCCAAAAAUGUAUGGCUUUAUGUGAAAUAGUGAAUAGGCCGACACAAUUCAGAAGCACAAAUCCCCACUUGGUAGUUCAAGAUGAAAACUGGAUUACAACACGUUAUCUUUUUGUCGAGUGUUUGAGAGAUCCAUCAGAUCCUAAUAACGAAAAUGAUGAUGAUGAUUGGACACCAAAUUAUCAACCAAACCCUGUCGUCCCUCUAUAUAAUAUGGCACCAUCUUUUGCCACAUCAUUAUCAAAUUCACUGUCUAACGUUCUCAUUAAUCGUCGAAGAGACAACACAUAUAUAACACUAGAUACUCAAUAUUAUCCGAUGUGGUUCAAUAAUCAACCAUUGCAAAUUCCUAAGCGUGACUUUUCAAUAACCAAUAAUGAAAUACCAAAAGGUAGUUCGGUCGGUGUGGGUCAAUUUAUUUACAAACCGGAUGCGCAAGAUAUGAUAAAAGGAUCAUUAGACUCUAGCUAUCAAUCAAACGGAUUUGAUGAAAAUGAAGAAAAGCAUGAUGACAGUUUGGAAAUCGAUGAUGGCGAUGGUUUUGACCUUAGUUUGUUGCCUCUUCCUGCGGAAUCAUCUAAAGCGGCUACCCAACGUAUUUGCCGUGAAUUAAGAACGAUUAUACAUAGGCAGGAUGACCCCUCUAAUGAUUUUGGCUUUAUCGUUAAUACUGAACAAUUGCAGUCUGUUUACCAAUGGGUCGUCCAACUUAAAGAUUUUGAUCCGUCUCUUCCAUUGGCACAAGAUAUGGCCAGGAAUAAAGUAAAAACAAUUGAUUUAGAAGUACGAUUUGCACCAGAUUAUCCAUUUGUACCACCGUACAUUCGUGUAAUUAGACCAAGACUUUUACGAUUUAUGGAUGGUGGCGGUGGUCAUGUUACUGCUGGUGGUUCCAUAUGUAUGGACCUUUUAACACUUGGAAACGCGCUUGAACGUGGUUGGUCUUCUGUAUAUACGAUGGAAGCUGUCUUGUUACAAGUUAAAAUGGCUUUGAGUUCGCUAGAUCCAAAGCCCGCAAGACUUGAUCGUCAUUGGAACAACGAAUAUACACCUGGAGAAGCUAUUGAUUCAUUCAUAAGAGUUGCAAAUAAUCACAACUGGACCAUUCCACCACAAUGGUCUACUUUGUUCGGACGCUAG